AUGAGAGUGAAAGCAACUUUGAUUAACUUCAAAUCAAAGCUUUCGAAAUCAUGCAACAGAUUUGUCUCUCUCUUCCGCUUCAGAGUUAAAAGACCUCUCUUUAUUAGACCUCUCCGUCGUGCUCGUCAUGGCAAUGCCAAACCUAGACAUCAUCAUCAUCCCAAGAAGCCAAUCUGUUCUUCUUCCUCUUCUUUGCUGUCUUGUCUCUGUUUUCUCAGCACAAACAAAGACCAGGAGAUGAGCCAGACCAAUCCGAGAAGUUCCUCUUUUAGUAUGAAGGAUGAUGAUUCAUUGAAGUUUAUGAACUCGCCUCUUACGCCAGCAGCAGCCAAGAAACUGUUCACUUCACCAAUCACGACGCCUGUUUACGCAACAUGGAGCAAGAAGUCUCUAAAUCAAAGAGAGACAUUCGAAGACAAUGCUGUGGAAGACGCUUGCAGAAGCUUUGAGAACUAUCUGAUUCAUCUCAUUGUUGAAGAAGGGAAAAUGGACGACUUGAUGGACAUUGAGGAGCUUCUCUACUGUUGGAAGAAUCUCAAAAGCCCUGUCUUCAUUGAACUCGUCUCCAGAUUCUAUGGAGAGCUCUGCAGAGACCUGUUCUCAGGUGAAUGA